UCCUGGGCAGCUGAGCUGAGAGGGUUGUGGGUAGGGUCCCGUCCCCCAGGCCCUCACUGGCUGCUGUGAAAGCCCAACCUCACUCCAUCUUGGUGAGGCCCCUCCAGACAGUUACCCGGUGACCCCUGGUGGUUCUGCUGCCCCUGCCCUCCCUCCAGGUGGACAGGACAGUCUGGCUCCCAGGUACCGGGGCAAUGACUCGCUGGCUCUGGGCCCUGGCCCUGCUAGGCCUGGCCAGCUCAGGCCUCGGCUUGCGUGCCCGCAAGCAUGAGUUCUUCCAGAGCGAGACAGAUCUGAACCACGUGGUGGUGGACGCCAACACAGGCGGGGUGUACCUGGGGGCAGUGAACAUGCUCUACCAGCUGACUGCUGACCUGCAGCUGGUGCAGCAGGUAUCCACGGGCCCAGCCCUGGAUGAUAAGAAGUGCACACCACCCAUUGAGAAGAGCCAGUGCCACGAGGCCGUGCUCACCGACAAUGUGAACCAGCUGCUGCUGCUGGACAUGCCCAAUGGCCGCGUGGUCGAGUGCGGCAGCCUCUUCAAAGGCAUCUGUGCCCUGCGCGCACUCAGCAACAUCUCCACGCGCCUCUUCUACGAAGACAGCAGCGGAGAGAAGUCCUUCGUGGCCAGCAAUGACGAGACUGUGGCCACCGUGGGGCUGGUAAGCGCCACGGUCCCUGGUGGCCACGAGCGUGUGCUCUUCGUGGGCAAGGGCAACGGGCCGCAUGACAACGGCAUCAUCGUCAGCACGCGCCUGCUGGACCGCACAGAGACGCGGGAGGCCUUUGAGGCCUACACAGACCACGCCACUUACAAGGCCGGCUACCUGUCCACCAACGCACAGCAGUUCGUGGCCGUCUUCGAGGAUGGCCGCUACGUCUUCUUUGUCUUCAGCCAGCAGGACAAGCUCCCAGCCAGGAACCGCACGCUGCUGGCACGCAUGUGCAAGGACGACCCCUUCUACUACUCCUACCUGGAGAUGGAUCUGGAGUGCCAGGACCCUGGUGAUCCCCAGGCCCCCACUGUCGGGACCUGCCUGGCGGCCUCUGUGGACCCAGGCAGGGCACUGUAUGCCGUCUUCAGCAGGAGCGGGGGUGGCAGGGGGCUCCAGGCCAGCCUCUGCCUUUUCCCACUGGAUGAGAUCCACGCCAAGAUGGAGGCCAACCGCAAGGCCUGCUACGUAGGCUCCCGGGAGGCAGGCCGCAAUACCUUCUACAAGGCCUUCCAUGGCGAGAUCCAGUGCGGAGGCCAUGCCCCGGGGGCCAGUGAGAACUUCCCCUGUGGCUCAGAGCACCUGCCCUACCCACUGGGCUGCCGCGAAGGGCUCGUGGCCACGGCCGUGCUGCAGCGAGGCGGCUUGAACCUGACUGCGGUGACUGUGACCACAGAGGAGGGCCACACCAUUGCCUUCCUGGGCACCUCGGAUGGCAGGGUCCUUAAGGUGUACCUGGCCCCAAACCACACCACCGUGGAGUACGGCUCCAUCCCCGUAGAGAUCAAUAAGCGGCUGAAGCAGGACCUGGUGUUAUCAGCCGACCUGGCCAGCCUGUACGCCUUGACACAGGACAAGGUGUUCCGGCUCCCGGUGCAGGAGUGCCAGAGCUACCCUACCUGUGCUCAGUGCCGAGACUCUCAGGAUCCUUACUGCGGCUGGUGCGUUGUUGAGGGAAGAUGCACCAGGAAGGCCCAGUGCCCUAGGGCCCAUGAGGCCGGCCACUGGCUGUGGAGCCGAGACAACUCCUGUGUGACUGUCACCAGCGCCCAGCCGCAGAACAUGAGCAGACGAGCUCAGGGGGAGGUGCAGCUGGAGGUCAGUCCCCUCCCCACCCUGACAGAGGACGAUGAGCUGCUCUGCCUCUUUGGGGACUCACCGCCGCACUCGGCCCGCGUAGCAGGCAACACCGUCCGUUGCAACUCUCCCAGCAUCAUUCCUAGCACGCCGCCUGGCCAGGACCAUGUGACCGUAAGCAUCCAGCUCCUCUUCCGUCAGGGAGAUGUCUUCCUCACCUCCCACCUGUACCCUUUCUAUGACUGCCGCGAGGCCAUGCACCUGGUGGAGAACCUGCCGUGCAUCUCCUGUGCCAGCAACCACUGGACCUGCCAGUGGGACCUGCUGUAUCAUGAGUGUCGGGAGGCCUCCCCCAACCCCGAGAAGGGCAUCGUCCGAGCUCACACGGAGGAGAACUGCCCCCAAUUCUUGGACCCCAGGCCCCUGGUCAUCCCCAUGAACCACGAGACGGAGGUGACCUUCCAGGGCAAGAACCUGGAGACCGUCAAGAGCACCUCCCUGUAUGUGGGGAGCGACCUGCUGCAGUUCAAGGAGCUGGUGACCAUGCAGGAUACAGGAGCCUUCUCCUUCCGCACCCCAAAGCUGUCCCAUGAUGGCAACGAGACGCUGCCCCUGCACCUGUAUGUCAAGUCCUACGGCAAGAACAUCGACAGUCGACUGCAAGUGACCCUGUACAACUGCUCCUUUGGCCGAAGCGACUGUAGCCUGUGCUUGGCUGCAGACCCCGCCUACAAGUGUGUGUGGUGUGGCGGGCAGGGCAAGUGUGUGUACGAGGCGCUGUGCAGCAAUGCCACCUCAGAGUGCCCACCUCCCGUCAUCACCAGGAUUGAACCGCAGACGGGCCCGCUGGGAGGGGGCGUCCGCGUCACCAUCUUCGGGUCAAACUUGGGCAUCAAGGCAGAUGAUGUUCAGAGAGUGACCGUGGCUGGCCAUCACUGCACCUUCGAGCCAGAACGGUACUCCGUAUCUACCCGGAUCACGUGUGUGACGGAGGCUUCGGAGGGCCCCUCCACAGGUGGAGUGGAGGUGGAUGUCCGUGGGAAGCUGGGCCGCUCUCCGCCCCAUGUCCAGUUCACCUACCAGCAGCCACAGCCUGACCGUGUGCAACCAGACCAGGGGCCCCAGGCGGGUGGCACCCUGCUGACCAUCACCGGCACCCACCUGGACACAGGCUCUAUAGAGGACGUGCGUGUGACCCUCGAUAAAGUCCCCUGUCACGUGACGAAGUUUGGGCCAGAACUGGAGUGCUUCACGGGCCCCCGGCAGCAGGUGGGCGAAGCAAACCUGGAGGUGUUCUAUGGGGGCUUACCUGUUCCCAGCCCCAAUGUCGUCUUCACAUACCGGGAGAACCCAGUACUGCGCGCCUUUGAGCCCACACGCAGCUUUGUCAGUGGCGGCCGGAGCAUCAACAUCACUGGGCAGGGCUUUGGCCUGGUGCAGAAAUUUGCCAUGGUGGUCAUAGCAGAGCCCCUGCAGUCCUGGCGGCGCCGGCGGGAGACAGGGCCCCUGCAGCCCGUGAAGCUCCUGGGCACCGACUAUGUGUACCACAGCGACAGCAAGGUAGUCUUCCUGUCCCCGGCCGUCCCUGAAGAGCCCGAGGCCUACAACCUCACAGUGCUGGUCGAGAUGGACGGGCACAGCAUGCCACUUCGGACCGAGGCUGGCACCUUUGAGUAUGUGGCUGACCCCACCUUCGAGAACUUCACUGAUGGCGUGAAGAAGCAGGUCAACAAGCUCAUCCAUGCUCAGGGCACCAACUUGAACAAGGCAAUGACGCUGCAGGAGGCGGAGGCUUUUGUGGGUGCCGAGCGUUGCAUCAUGAAGACGCUGACCGAGACCGACCUGUACUGCGAGCCCCCGGAGGUGCAGCCCCCGCCCAAGCGGCGGCAGAAGCGGGACACCACUCACAACCUACCUGAGUUCAUCGUCAAGUUCGGCUCUCGAGAGUGGGUGUUGGGCCGCGUGGAGUACGACACUCGGGUCAGCGACGUGGCCCUCAGACUGGGCCUCAUCCUGCCACUGGUCAUCGUGCCCAUGGUGGUCAUCAUCGUGGUCUCCGUCUGCUGCUACUGGAGGAAGAGCCAGCAGGCCGAGCGUGAAUAUGAGAAGAUUAAGUCCCAGCUGGAGGGUCUGGAGGAGAGCGUGCGUGACCGCUGCAAGAAGGAGUUCACUGACCUCAUGAUCGAGAUGGAGGACCAGACCAACGAUGUCCACGAGGCCGGCAUCCCCGUGCUGGACUAUAAGACCUACACGGACCGCGUCUUCUUCCUGCCGUCCAAGGACGGCGACAAGGACGUGAUGAUCACGGGCAAGCUAGACAUCCCUGCCUCCCGGCGGCCCACUGUGGAGCAGGCCCUCUACCAGUUCUCCAACCUGCUCAACAGCAAGUCCUUCCUCAUCAACUUCAUCCACACUCUGGAGAAGCAGCGGGAGUUCUCAGCACGCGCCAAGGUCUACUUCGCAUCACUGCUGACGGUGGCCCUGCACGGCAAGCUGGAAUACUACACGGACAUCCUGCGUACCCUCUUCCUGGAGCUCAUGGGGCAGUACGUCGUGGCCAAGAACCCCAAGCUCAUGCUGCGCAGGUCGGAGACGGUGGUAGAAAGGAUGCUAUCCAAUUGGAUGUCCAUCUGCCUGUACCAGUAUCUUAAGGAGAGUGCUGGCGAGCCCCUAUACAAGCUCUUCAAGGCUAUCAAGCAUCAGGUGGAGAAAGGGCCGGUGGACGCCGUGCAGAAGAAGGCCAAGUACACGCUCAACGACACAGGGCUGCUGGGGGACGACGUGGAGUAUGCGCCCCUGACGGUGAAUGUGAUCGUCCAGGAUGAAGGGGCCGAUGCCGUUCCUGUCAAAGUCCUCAACUGUGACACCAUCACCCAGGUGAAAGAGAAGAUCAUCGACCAGGUGUACCGCACUCAACCCUGCUCGCGCUGGCCCAAGGCCGAGAGUGUGGUCCUGGAGUGGCGUCCCGGGUCCACGGCGCAGACCUUGUCCGACCUGGACCUGACCUCCCAGCGGGACGGCCGUUGGAAGCGGAUCAACACGCUCAUGCACUACAACGUGCGGGACGGCGCCACGCUGAUCCUGUCCAAGGUGGGCGUUUCCCAGCAGCCCGAGGACAGCCAGCAGGACUUGCCUGGGGAACGCCACGCACUCUUGGAGGAAGAGAACCGAGUCUGGCACCUGGUGCGUCCCACCGACGAGGUGGACGAGGGUAAGCCCAAGCGGGGCAGCGUGAAGGAGAAGGAGCGCACCAAGGCCAUCACGGAGAUCUACCUGACUCGGCUGCUCUCCGUCAAGGGCACGCUGCAGCAGUUCGUGGACAACUUUUUCCAGAGCGUGCUGGCGCCCAGCCACGCGGUGCCCCCUGCGGUCAAGUACUUCUUUGACUUCCUGGAUGAGCAGGCGGAGAAGUACGACAUCCGGGACGACGACACCAUCCACAUCUGGAAGACCAACAGUUUGCCCCUCAGGUUCUGGGUGAACAUCCUCAAGAACCCCCACUUCAUCUUCGACGUGCACGUGCACGAGGUGGUGGAUGCCUCGCUGUCGGUCAUCGCCCAGACCUUCAUGGACGCCUGCACACGCACCGAGCACAAGCUGAGCCGGGACUCCCCCAGCAACAAGCUGCUCUAUGCCAAGGAGAUCUCCACCUACAAGAAGAUGGUGGAGGAUUACUACAAAGGCAUCCGCCAGAUGGUGCAAGUCAGCGACCAGGACAUGAACACACACUUGGCAGAGAUCUCUCGGGCUCACACGGACUCUCUCAACACUCUGGUGGCCCUGCACCAGCUCUACCAGUACACACAGAAGUACUACGAUGAGAUCAUCAAAGCCCUGGAGGACGACCCUGCCGCCCAGAAGAUGCAGCUGGCCUUCCGCCUGCAGCAGAUCACUGCUGCCCUCGAGAACAAGGUCACGGACCUCUGACCUCCAACCUCCGACCUCUGACUUCAGCCUGCCACAGCACAGGGCCUCAGUGGUCAGCGUCUCGGCCUCUGUCUGUGUGCCUACCGGUAGAGGAUGAGCCCGCCGGCGCCACGGGCCCAGGCGUGUACGGACUCUGCAGCGUCUUUCUUGUGAGCCACCCCUCUCGAGAGAGAGAGUGGCCCUCGGCCCGCCAGCACCAGCUCCCUCCGGAACCAGCGUCAGGCCUGGCCUCCAGUCACCUGAGCUAUUCCCAAACGUGCCUUAAGCGCCUGGCACCCGAUGGGCUACAGCGGGCGCCCAGCUGCCGCCCAGCCUCCUGGCAGGCCAGCCACACCACUUCAAGUUUGGGGGGCCCUGGACUCUGCCCGUCCGUGUGUUCCCGUGAUGAGUCUAACAAGCGGUACGAUGCCUUCCUGACCUCACUGGCCUUCCCUGCGGGUGCCGCUGACCCAGGGAGCAGCCGCCCAGGCCCCGCCUCAAAGGUCAAGCUGGACGUUAGACGUCAAAGCCAAGCGGCCAGGGGACCCCAGCCGGCAAGGUCUCUGGCCUGUCAGACAGGUGGUCCUCCCCAGACCCCCUCCUCCCCCUUUUGUAAAUUGUGUUCAUUGUAAAUCAAAUACAGUGAUCUUUUUCA